AUGGCUUGCAUUCAUGAUGAAUCUGCUUCAUCUGCCCCUAGAUGUGCUAAUAAAGCCAAACCCAGUUCAGAAUCAGUACUCCAACAAAGUGUGAUAGACAUUGAAGCCACCACACUAGAGAUGGAAGGUUGUAGAGGUGCAAUGAAGAUGAAUGGAGAUGAAAGUGAGGGUGUCUGCUUGACAUGGAAGGAUGUAUGGGUGAGUGCUUCCAAUGGAAAGAAUGAAAGCAGACCAAUUCUUGAGGGUCUCUCUGGUUAUGCCAAACCAGGGCAACUCUUGGCAAUAAUGGGUCCCUCUGGCUGUGGCAAAUCUACUCUACUUGAUACUUUAGCAGGUAUACACCACAAGCUUCUCAUCAUCUGCAUCACAUUCGGUCCUGUACAAUUUUUAUCAACUUUAUUAUUCAUUUUAGCUUUUCCUAAGGAGUAG